AUGAGCCAAGUUGGAGGUUCUACUUCCAACCUGUUACCUUCUCGAUGCUUAGCUGUCCAUAAUCGAUGGUGGGGUGGUAUCGAUCUCGAUCGACUGCUCAGCUGCGCUCAACAGCUGAUCUUUGAAAAUGGCGCUGAUGAGGUGAACGAGAAGAGACGGCCUGGUGGAUUCUGGUGGUUUCUGUUAGAAGAGACGGCCUGGAGCUUGGGAACAAGGAAAAUCUUAGACAAUGCUCUACUGAAUGCUACUGAUGUUGACAGUCUUAAAAGUUCUCUCAUUUAUACUGUUUUAUCUGACGGUAAUGGUAAAGUUGAAAAAGUUACACAAUCUGGCAUUACUUCAUGGAGGGGGAGUGGCUGUGUGCCGCCUCAUUUCCUUAGGCUACCUCCUGGUUCACCUUUCCUUCUCCUCACUCCUCAGUCUCUUGAUGACCUGCGCUGCAAGACGUUGUCCAGCCAUUUUGCAAUCUUAGGAGAGCAGCAUCAGUCUGACGAGAUUAUCAUCUGUUGGUUCUGA